AUGGAGAAGGAGUUGGAGCAGUCGCGCGAUGCAACUAAGGCCCUAAGUGCGAUCGCCGAGAGGGCGGCGGAGCUAGAGACAGAGUUGCCAAGGCUCCAAUAUGACUCUAUAUCGGAUAUGAGAGCCGCCGAGGAGAUGAUGGCUGAGGCUGCUAAGCUCAGAAAGUUGCUAUUGGAGAUUGAAUCCAAGGUGAAAUUGCUUGAGCGAGAAGUUGAAUUCCUGAAGAAGGACAAAUCUAAGAGUAAAGGAAAAAUUAGGAAUUUGGAGAAGAAAAUUGGAGCUCUGGAGAAAAAAGAUGUUGAUGAGAGGAACAAGUGA